GCGCAGUUUCGAGCAUUUUCGAGGAACAAAAUAUUUUAAAUGACUUUAGAAGAAUUUACUGAAUCGAUCAGUCAGAUUUCGACCAUUACAGAGAGAAGAACUAUUUAAUUUCUCAUUGCCAUUAAAUUUCUUUUAAGUGACUUUCAGAAGUAACAGAAAACAAAUUUAAAUCAGAAAAAAUGGCAUUACCAGAGACCAAUCCAGUUUACGGCCCAUUCUUCGGAGUUAUGGGAGCUUCAUCAGCUAUUAUUUUCAGUGCUCUCGGAGCUGCCUAUGGAACUGCAAAAUCUGGAACGGGAAUUGCGGCAAUGAGUGUCAUGAGACCUGAAUUGAUUAUGAAAUCAAUCAUUCCAGUUGUUAUGGCUGGUAUUAUUGCUAUCUAUGGUUUGGUCGUUGCUGUUCUCAUCGCAGGAGGUUUAGAUGAACCCAAAAAUUACACUCUUUACAAGGGCUUCAUUCAUCUUGGAGCCGGAUUAGCUGUUGGCUUUUCGGGUUUGGCGGCAGGUUUUGCUAUUGGAAUUGUUGGUGAUGCAGGUGUACGAGGAACUGCUCAACAACCUCGACUUUUUGUUGGUAUGAUUUUAAUUUUGAUCUUCGCUGAAGUCUUGGGUCUUUAUGGCUUGAUUGUGGCCAUUUACUUAUACACCAAAUAAAUUCUUUCGCUCUUACUUUUUAAGUUUCUAUUUAAAUUAUAUAUUGAUGCCCAUAUUUCGCGAAAGUUUCUUUACAUUUUUUCAAACAUAACGAUGUACAUCUGAUGUGAAUGCGAUUUUCAUAAAUAAUGGUCGCACAAAUCUGUAACUUAACGUAAAACAAAACUAUUAAACAUUAAAUUUACUGUGAAGAAGUGAAAAAAAAGAAACAAACAAACAUAUAAGAACAUGAACGAGGAAAAUUGUAAAGAAGACGAAUAAAGAAUAUGGAGAAUCAUUGAUGGUUCUACAGAAAAAAUUUAUUAAAUUAGAGAUAUCACAAGAUGAUUGAUGUCACGCAAAACUAUUUAAAAAUUGAUGCUGUUUUUAAGUAGUUUCUAAAGAUGAUAUUGAUAUUCAAUAGAUUUUUUUGAACGAAUCACUUGUGCAUAUAAACUAUUCAAUUAGUUAUUAUCAUUCAAUUGCUAAUAUCCCAUAAAAAAAUAUAUAUAUAAAGAAGAAUAAAAUUUUAAUCAUAAUUAUAUUGCAUCAUUACAUGAUUCAUAAAUGAGAACAUUGUUGUUGUAUUAUCAAAAAUAUCAUUAAAACUGUAAUUUUCAUAUGUUUUGAAAGCUCCUGGCUAUCACUAUCUAUCUACCUAAAAUCUAGAAUAAUGCAUAAAGAUAAUUUUAAGGUAGUUGUGAUUUCAUUAUUUUAAAGAAGAAACAACAAAAAAACAAACAUCGUCUUUCGUUUAUUAUGUAUUAUUAAAUGAAACACUUGUGUAAAAUUCAGAAAAUAGAACUAAAUUAAAAUAUUUUGUUUGUACAUUCCCAUGAGUUCAAAAUAGCGUUUUUCUUAUUUCCUAA